UUGUUUUGUGCUUUGGUGAUAAAGAUCUCAGACUUUGGUCUGUCAGAGGACGUGUUCCGAGGACUACUAUAGAGAGGGAGUGGAUGGAGAGAUGGCCAACUCCCUGUCAAGUGGAUGGCUCAGAGAGUCUCAGUGAUGGCCACUUCUCAGAGAAAAGUGUGUGGUGGUCAUUUGGAGUG